AUGGAGAAGCACGUAUCGCUCGUUUCGAGCCCGAGGACGCCGUCCGGCUUGUUUGCUGCGGAGAAAAAAUUCAUUUAUGUGUACAAAAAUUUACCUAUAUUAUGGAAUUCGAAACAUCCACAUUACUCCAACAAAUAUAAACGGCACGAAGCUCUACAGAAGUUAUUACAGGUGUACAAAUUGAUAAAACCCGCGGCAACUGUGAAUGACGUGAGAAUGAAAAUAAACACUUUGCGAUCCAACUACAGAAGAGAAUUGAAAAGAGUGAUUUUGUCGAGAUCGCUCGACGAUUCGCCUGCUAAUGUUUACAAGCCGAAGACGUGGUGGUUUGAACAAAUGAGUUUUUUAAGUGAUGAAGUGCACUUAUCUACGGAUCUCAAUACAACGAACAAUACAAAUCAUGAAUGCAACGAUGUAGAAGAAAUUGAAAUUCCAUUUGAAACUGAAAUCUCGACUUCACCAGUUCCUGAUAUCGGCGAAUAUGUAAAAACCGAACCCUCACCGAAAAGGGAAAUUUUCAAAUUUAAUAAUAAAAACUCGAAUUAUCUGAAAAGAAGUACAGUACACCAGCCCUCGUGCUAUUGUUGUACACACUUGAUAAAAGUAAGAAAUUCGAUCACACGAAUAUGGGUAGAUAAAUUGGUGAAUUUGGAAUCGGAACAGAGAUUAAUAGCAGAAAAAGCAAUAAAUGAUAUUCUAUUUGAAGCUGAAAUGGGAACUCUAAAUAGAUAUUCUGUUAAAAUUAACGAACCGACAGAAGAAAGUUCAUCACCUUAUUCACAAUAUUUCGUAACCUCAGAGCAUGAUAUACCAACAAAAAUAUCUAAGGAAGAAUCCUUUUUGUCGAGUGAAAUUGGCGAACAUGUCGUAGUUCUGAGUCAAGAAUAAGUAUUAAA